AUUAUAAAAGUAACAACUUAACUGGUCAAACAGAAAUCUUUCAGGAGCAUUUUAAAGAAAUCUGUCAUCAUGAAGCGGGGAUUGUUUACCCUCCUGCUAAUUACUGCUGUGCUAGUGGUAGUUGCAGAAUCUGUCGGAGAAGAGACUUAUGGAGAACUAGGAGGUCACAGUAUUGGUCACAAGAGUCAUUACGAGAGAUCUAUUACCCACAGGAUUUACCACAGUCAUAGCCUUCGACAUAGUCAUGUUCACAGACACCGCCUUUCACAUAGACACGUACACAGACAUCGUGUUUUACAUGGGCAUGUUCACAGGCAUCGCGUUCUACAUGGACAUGUUCACAGGCAUCGCGUUCUACAUCGGCAUGUUCACAGGCAUCGUGUUUUGCAUGGUCAUGUUCACAAGCACCGCGUUCUACAUCGGCAUCUUCACAGGCAUCGUGUUUUGCAUGGGCAUGUUCACAACCACCGUGUUUUACAUAAGCAUGUUCAUAGACAUAGCGUUUUACAUGGACAUUUACACAGGCACCGCGUUCGACAUGUACACGUUCACAGGCAUAAUGUUUUACAUGGCCAUGUUCACAAGCAUCGCGUUCUACACAAGCAUCUCCAUAGACAUAAAGUUCUACAUAAACAUGUUCACAGACAUAAUGUUCUACAUAAACAUGUGCAUAAACACGAUGUUUUACACUCACAUGUUCACAAACAUAAGGUUCUACACAAACAUGUUCACAACCAUAAAGUUUUACAUAGUCAUGUUCACAAACAUCACGUUGAGCACACACAUGUUCACAAUCAUAAAGUUUUACAUAGACAUGUGCAUAAACACGAUGUUUUACACUCACAUGUUCACAAUCAUAAAGUUCUACAUACACAUGUGCAUAAACACGAUGUUUUACACUCACAUGUUCACAAACAUGACGUUCUACACAAACAUGUUCACCAGCAUAAAGUUCUACAUAGUCAUGUUCACAAACAUCACGUAGAGCACACACAUGUUCACAGACACAACGUUGAGCACACACAUGUUCACAGACACAACGUUGAACAUAAACAUGUUCACACACAUCGCGUUGAACACAGUCAUGUUCACAAACACAAGGUUGAACACAAGCAUGUCCAUACCCACAAUGUUGAACAUACGCAUGUUCACAGUCAUCAAGUUGCACACAGUCAUGUUCACAGUCAUCAAGUUGCACACAGUCAUGUUCACAGACAUGAAGUUGUACACAAUCAUGUUCACAGACAUGUUGUUGCCCAUACGCAUAUCCACAGACACCAAGCUGCUGUACAUAACCAUGUCCACACACACAUUUUUGAGGGAAACUUCAAUGAUGAUGGAUCAGGAUUCGAUUUGAGAAUAAGACAUGGCAUUAUCUACUAUGGAGGAAACACAUACCGUCUACGAGGUGGUCGACGAAGAUUUAUGAGACUUUGGCAGGAAUGUCUUGAAUCAUACGGUGACGGCAACGAAUGUCUUGUGCAGUUAGGAAACCAACAUUUAUAUUCGAGUAUACAAGGUCAUCCUAGUACUUCACUGCCUUCUAAUCUAAAUAAUGUUAACAACAUUGCGCAGUCUACAGAUAGUGAUUUCAACGACUUUGCAGAUAAUGGUAAUGAUGGCACUGCUCCCUUUGCAGAUGAUUAUGUCGACAACAUAGCAAAGACUGCAGAUGGUCAUGCUAAGGAUGUUGCUCAAAUUGCCGAUGAUCAUGUAAACGACGUUGCUAAGAUUGCCGAUGAUCAUGUCAACGAUAUUGCACAGACCGCAAGUGGUCAUGUCAACGAUAUUGCACAGACCGCAGAUGACCAUGUCAACGAUAUUGAUGAUGUAGCAAGCAGCCAUGUUGGAGGAGUAAAAGGAGUUGCAAAAACCCACCUUUAUGGUUUAAGCAAAGCAAUUGGUAAACACAUCCAGACUUUGAAAGAAGUAUCAAAUAAACACAUUGCAAAACUUCAUAACCACGCUAAAUUACAUCUGUUGGCGUCUGCACUUCAACACAAGAAACAAAUCAUAGAGCGCGAAUACCAACAUAAACGGCACUUGAGUGAAAAGGAAGACAUAAACAUACAGCAUGAAAAUGCAGUCAACAGCAAAGUAUCAUACGAUGGUCCAGUUUAUAAUGACAAGGACCAAGAAAAGUAUACUGAAAAAGUUGCAUUGGUAUCAAACAAAGGCAGUUAUAAUGAAAAAGUGCCAGUUUUAUCUAACGAAGGAUAUUAUAAUGAAGGAGAAACGUACUGAUACAAAGUAGUAAUC